CUAGUGUCGCCCGGCGACGACGACGACGAGGACGAGACGGGACGAGACCGACGUUCAUCAUUCAUCAUCAUCGCGCGCGCGCGCGCGCGUGUGUGUGUGUGUGUGUGUGCGUCGUCGUGAGACGGGCGGACGUGUACGUAUAUACGUAAAGUGAGAAUACUAGAAAGAGAGUGUAUGUGUGUGUGAAGAGUGCGCGAGAGAAACAACUUCCUAGAGUGACGUCGUCGCCGACAUCGAGUGAAUGGGGAAAACGAUCGCGGUGGCACAGGUACGGAGCAUAAACCGCCUGUUUUGUCUCUCCUCUUUCCCGACACGGAACUAGGUUACCGUCAGUCCAGGACGCCCGAGUGACAGCCCAGGGAGGAUCUUAGAUGUCGGCGGAAAGCAGCAAGAGUUUGUAUUUACCAUGGGCACGUUACUGGCUAUAGAAGAGAUCGCACAGUAUUCUUGUAAGCCUGAAAUGGGGACGAAGAGUCCUUCAGCGUAGACAUGGACUACGAUCUGUUUGGUGAAGAUGUCAGUGGCUCGAUGCUCGAGGCUCUUCCUGAUCUCGGAGGGAACGAUCAUUUCGAUCCUGCGCCUGCGAAUAAUCCCGUAGCGGUGUCGAGAGGGGACGGUCUGAAUUCUGGCCCUAAUGGAGGAGGGAGUUACAUUAAUCAGUCUUAUAACAUUACGCAAGAAUCUCCGAUACAGAAAUUAACGACAUUCGGCGGAUCUGAAUUUGGCGGCGCGAAUCAGUUGCAGAGUCCGUCGCAGCGCAGCAUGUUCAACCAAAAUCUCGGUACGUUCGAUAACAGCGCCGCGCCGCAGCGCGCGAUGGUGCCCGGCGCCUUUCAGAAUCAGACCCGCAGCAUCGCACCGCAACAGCACAGGGGGCCUCAUCCGGGCAGCGCCGCCCAGUAUCCUAGCUACAAUGACAAUAUGUACACGAUGGAGCAGCAACACUCGAUGGCGCGGGCCAACAUGAGUAUGGAUCCCAGCCAGCAAGGCUGGCCGGGUAACGGGAGCGGAUACCCGCAGAUGCAGAGGCAUUACAAUCAAAUGGCUCCGCAGCCUGGCACGUACAGGCAACACAGUAUGCCGCCGCAGUAUUCUCAUCAGCAGGACCAAGCUGGCGUUAUCAAUCAAAAGAUGCAGCAGCAGCAACAGCAGCAGCAGCAGCAACAGCAGCAGCAACAUUUUAGCAGCCAGCAAGGAAUGAUAGGCAACAUGGGUGUCCUGCAUCAGUCGAUGCAGGCGGGCGCGACCGGCGGGGUCUAUCAGCACAUAGUCGGUCAGCAGCAGCAUUAUCAGCAAGGCAACUCGGUCGCGGCGAUGUAUCAGACGUCCCCGGGCUAUCCCGGCUUCGCCUCGGCCAUCCAUCAGCAGCAACAGGCGCAGCAGGCUCCUCCCCAGGCGAGAAUGCCGCAUCAUCAUCCGACGCAUUCGACGCAUCAACCGCAUCCGUCUCAUCCGCAACAGUAUCCUCAGCAUCCUCCGCAACAUCCGAACCCGCAGCAACAGCCGAUGGAUCCGCAGUAUCCCCAUCACGCCACUUCGAUGUUCAAUCAGCCGCAGCACUCGGCGCCGCCUCCGCAGCAAUUCGCCGCCGCGGCCACGGCCAAGCACUCGACGAGUCCUCAGUAUCGCGCCGCGUUCCCCCAGCUCUCGCCGCAGAUGUCACCGAGGCCGCAGAUGUCCCCGCGUCCGCCCGCGGUGCAGCAGCAGAUGUCGCCGCGACCCAUCAUGUCGCCGGCGAAACCCACCCUGUCGCCGCAUCCGCACGUACAGCUUCCCCAUCAGCAAGGCAGUCAACCUAACGCGAUGUCGGUGUCUCCGUGCCCGCCCACGUCUAUGCAAAUGAACCCGUCGUCGCAGCAGCAACAGACUACCCUGCAGGCUCUCGAGCAGAUGGUGAUGCCGGGAGUCGCCGUUUCGAACUCUAGCGUCCCCGCCCCGGAUCAGUACAAUCAGUUCCAGACGCGUCCGCCGAUGUCGCAGACACCGAGUGUUCUGCCGCAGCAGCCGACGGCGCAGAGCCCGAUGCCGGCUCAAGUCGCGGGGCCUAGAAUGCCGAUGCCCUCUCAGUGGCCAUCGCAUCCACAGCAGCAGCAACAGCAGCAGCAGCAGCAACAACAACAACAACAGCAGCAGCAGCAACAACAGCAACAACAGCCGCAAAUCAGGUCGAGCCUCGGCGUUAGCGAGGACAGAGGCGGCGUGGUCGAGCCUCAACAGAUGCCGAUAGUGUCUGAGCAGAGCGCUUCGAUGUUCCCCGGGCCGGAGGCUGCUAUGCACAAUCCUGCGGAAACGGCGACGACAACGAGUACAACGACAACGAGAGAACCGGCGACGACGACGGAGAACGUCGUGCAGAAUCCGAUCGAAACCCCGAAGCAACCGGAACCCGAGCCUUCGCUGCACCAGAGCGUUCAGCAGGCCCAGCAAUUGGAUACGACCGCGCAACUCGGUCCACCGCAAGUAGAUACCUCGGCGCAAAGUAACUCGCAGAACCAGCUAACCCUAGAUCACACGUCCACGGCGGGAAGUAUACCCGCGCCGGCGAAUAUACCCUCGCUCGAAACGGUACAGUCUCUUCCAGUGUCGAGUACGAGCGGGAAUAUGGAAUGCACAAACGUGACUACAUCGUUGCAGCCGCAGCAACAGCAAGCGGUCGCCGCGCCGAUUCAGAAUCCCGUUUCUAGUAUCGAGACUCAGAGUGCAUGCGAAACGAAACCGGAACAGGGUGUAGAGGUACACCAGUCGUCGUUGAGCAGUACGACGCAUCCACAACAAGCUGUAGGGCAACAGCAGCAGCAGCAACCUAUCAAUUGUCCUCCGCAGCAGCCGAUGCAGCAGCCGCCGGCGGUGCAACAACUUCACAUGGCUCAGCCGCAACUAGUUCCGUCUCAGGCAACGAUAUCUCCUCCUCAGCCGCAGCUACAGUCGCCGCAACAGUCGCAGAUGAUUCAGCCACAACCCGCCCAGAUGAAUCAGCAGCUGCAGCAGCCGCAGCAGCAGAUACCUCAGCCGCAACAACAGCUGCAGCCGCAGCUUGCACCCGCUCAACAAUCGCAGAUUCCACAAACCCAGCAACCCGUCUUGAAUCAAGCGCAGCCGCAGCAAAUCACGCCGGCGUCUCAGUCGCAACUGGGACAAUCGCAGGCGCAAUUGGGACAGGCGCAACCGCAGCCUCAAUUGGUACAGCCGCAGGCUCAGCCACUGCCGCAGACGCAGCCGCCGCAGUUGGCGCAACCUGCGCCGGCGCAGCCGGGCCCGACCUGCGUCACGCAACAGGCCCAGUCGACGACGACGACGCCGCCGCAGGCGCCAGCGCCUCUCAUGCAACCCCAGCAGGUCGGUAUGCCGAUGCCGCCGACCGCUCAGCUGAUGCCGUCGCAGAUGCCUCCGCAGCUGCAGCAGACUCCGCAGCCGAUGCAGACUCAGGCGGUCCAGUUGCAGGCUCCGAACGCUCAGCAAGUGCCCGCCCCGCUUCUGAACGCGCAGCAGAUCCCCGCGGUCAGUCAGACCGCCGCUAUGGUUCUGCCGCCGCAUCAGGCCGCGGUUCCCGUGCCAAAUUCGCAAACACCGCAUCAGUAUCAUCCUGGAGGCGACAUGAUCACCGGCAACACGAUACCGAACAUGUACAGUAUGCCGGCUAAUCCUACGCAAACCCCAGUGGCGCCGAGUACCUUCGGCGCUCCUCUCACGCAUCAUCAGGAGCGAGCUGCUCUGCAGCAGCAGCUGCAGGAACUGUACUGCAUGCCGCCGGCUUCGGAGAACCAGGAGAAGAUCGUCGCCCUGCAGGAGAAGCUGCAGGCGUUGCAGCAGCACGAGACGAACGAUCAGUGCAAUGGUGGCCCGCAAUGUAUACUACAGACACCGAUGUUCACAGCUGCUGUGGUCGAUAGCCCGCAGGUUUCCAGUACUACUGGACGCGGUCGUAGCAAAGGUACGCAGCGAGCGAAGAAAAGCCGGAAGAAGGCCGACAAGGAGGCAUCAGCUCCUACUCCUACUGCCACUCAGCAACAACCCGAGCAGCCAUUGUCCGACAACAAGGUCACUCCGGGCGAUAGUAGCAAUAUCGUAGAUAGUGUCGCAGACUCGGAAGACAUAAAGCCGUCCUCUGGAGACAUGGAGGAGGAAUGGAAUAAAGGCAGAAAGUCGCGCUCGCCUCGGAAACCGCGCAAGCCGAAGGAACCUAAAGAGCCCAAAGAACCGAAGCCUAAGAAGGAGCCGAAACCACCAAAGGAACCGAAAUCCCCCAAGGUGGCACGGAAGAGAAAUAAGGAUAAGGACAAAGAUUCCACAAAACGUAAUAGGAAAAAAAUUGUACAAUCUGAAUCGGCGGACGAUGAUGCUACACGUGAGAACGAGGAGAGUACCGUUUCGGAUUCCAGUGCUGUUAAGGAUGCCGAGACGAAGGUUUGCGAGUCGUCCAUACAGGGUGAUCAGGAACAAGUAGACUCUUCCACUAACGAGCCUCUAACCGAGGUAAAGGAAGAGGGUAAAGAUAAGACUGUGGAUGAUGCUCCGGAGGAGGAGAAGAAGGAGGAAAGUGCAGAAGCGACUACCGCGACUACCGAGACUACGAGUGGAAAGAAGAAAUCCGCGUCUAGAAAACGUUCGAGCGCCGGCAAGUCUUCUGGAGGAAAAUCUUCUAGAAGUUCCAAGAAACGUAAGAGUCGUAUCGCGCCCGAUUCCGAUGGUGAGGAACUCGCGGCAACGCCUCCGCCGUCGCCGGAAGCUGGCGACGACGUGAACAAGCGGCGCUCCGCGAGAAAUACUCAACGCAAGAAGUAUGUGGACGACGUGAUGUUACGUUUCUCGGAUGACGAUGUUCCUCUGCAAGACGCUCAAGUAUCGAAAAAGGUGGAAGGCGCGAACCCUUCCAAGCCAGCUGCUGCUAAGAAGGAGGGCGGUGAAGGCGGCGAAGUCGGACCUAAUAAACCCAACUUUGUAUACAUUAACACUACCGAUGAGGAUUCUAUGGUUGUGCAACACAUUUUGUGCUCUCGCAUGGGAAGGAGGGAAGUUAAACCUGUGGUACCGAAGGUAGAAGCGCCACCAGAAAAGAAUGGAAACGCUGAUAAGGAAGAAACUACCGAUGACAAGGACAAAACAUCUGACGAUCCUGCGAAAGAGGAAGAUGCAGAAGACACUGAGAAAGAAACGAAAACUGAGGAUACGAGCAAGGACGAGGAAAAGAGUGAAACCGAUAGCGUGAAGAAGGAAGAUGCAAAGAAGCAGGAGGAAUCGCCUGCGGAUUCUAAACCAGCCGAGACCGCCGCCGUCGUCGAGGCGAAACCGCAGUUUGUGGAAGUCGAAGAGUACUUUGUGAAAUAUCGAAAUUUUUCUUAUCUGCAUUGUGAAUGGAGAACGGAAGAGGAAAUGUAUAAAGGAGACAAACGUAUUCAAGCUAAACUCAAGAGAUUCAAGCAGAAGCAGCAACAAAACACCAAUAUUUUCGAAAAUACCGAGGAUGAUCCCUUUAAUCCAGACUUUGUCGAAGUUGAUCGAGUUUUGGAUGAAGCAACUCACACAGACCCGCACACCAACGAUACAGUCCGACACUUUUUAGUCAAAUGGCGAUCCCUGCAAUACGAAGACUCUACCUGGGAAUUGGAAGAAGACGUUGAUCCUGAAAAGAUAGUACAAUUUGGGAAAUUUAAUAAAGUUCCACCUAAGGAGCAGUGGAAGCCGAAGAAAAAACCCAACGCUACAGCUUGGGUGAAGCUGGAUGAAUCGCCGAUUUACAAGAACAAUAACAGUUUGAGACCGUAUCAAUUAGAAGGAUUGAACUGGCUGCUGUUUUCGUGGUAUAACAACCACAAUUGCAUCCUAGCCGACGAGAUGGGUCUGGGAAAGACCAUUCAGUCCCUGACAUUCGUGGACGCGGUCUACAAGUACGGAAUUCGCGGACCGUUCUUGAUCAUAGCUCCUUUAUCCACCAUUCCAAAUUGGCAGCGAGAAUUCGAAAGCUGGACCGACAUGAACGUCGUAGUCUAUCACGGAUCUGCAGCGAGUCGUACGAUGCUUCAAGAAUACGAGGUCUACUACAAGAACGAAAAGGGACAGCAGAUCAAGGAUUUGGUGAAAUUUAACGUGCUAAUUACGACAUUUGAAAUCAUUAUAACUGACUUUAACGAGCUACGUGGCUACAAUUGGAGACUCUGCGUCAUAGACGAGGCUCACCGAUUAAAAAAUCGCAAUUGCAAACUCCUCGAGGGUCUGCGACAAUUAAACUUGGAGCACAGGGUACUUUUGUCGGGCACGCCGCUGCAAAACAACGUCAACGAGCUGUUUUCCCUGUUGAAUUUCUUGGAGCCGCAGCAGUUCGCGAGCAACGAGGCGUUCCUGAAGGAGUUCGGGAAUCUGAGCAGCGAGGGCGAAGUAAACAAGCUGCAGCUCCUCCUGAAGCCAAUGAUGCUGCGCCGUUUGAAGGAGGACGUCGAGAAAUCGUUGGCGCCGAAGGAGGAGACCGUCGUCGAGGUGGAGCUCACGAAUAUCCAGAAGAAGUAUUACCGCGGCAUUCUCGAGAGGAACUUCUCGUUCCUCGCGAAGGGCACCACGUCGGCAAACAUACCGAAUCUCAUGAACACGAUGAUGGAGCUGAGGAAGUGCUGCAUCCAUCCUUUCCUACUGAAUGGAGCUGAGGAUCAGAUACAGUUGGACUAUAAGACCGGCGAGAAGGAGGAUUCUGAGGCGUACUAUCACGCGCUGGUGAACAGCUCCGGCAAGAUGGUGCUGAUCGACAAGCUGUUACCGAAGCUGAAGGCCAGCGGUCACCGCGUCUUGAUAUUCAGCCAGAUGGUGAAGUGUCUGGACUUGCUCGAGGACUAUCUGGUGUACAAGAAGUACCCCUACGAGAGAAUCGACGGUCGGAUCCGCGGAAAUCUGCGGCAAGCCGCCAUCGAUCGUUACAGCAAACCCGAUUCGGAUCGGUUCGUUUUCCUGCUCUGCACAAAGGCGGGUGGACUCGGGAUUAACUUAACCGCGGCCGACACCGUCAUUAUUUACGACAGCGAUUGGAAUCCGCAGAACGAUCUGCAAGCUCAAGCGCGUUGCCACCGCAUCGGCCAGCAGAAAAUGGUGAAGGUGUACCGGCUGCUCUGCCGCAACACUUACGAGCGGGAGAUGUUCGACAAGGCUUCCCUGAAGCUGGGUCUCGACAAGGCGAUCCUGCAGUCCAUGAACACCAGCCAGAGCGGCAAAGAUCCCAGCAACAAACAGCUGACGAAGAAGGAGAUAGAGGACUUGUUGAAGAAAGGUGCUUACGGCGCCAUCAUGGACGACGACAACGCCGGCGACAAAUUCUGCGAAGAGGAUAUCGAACAGAUACUCGAGCGGCGAACCCAGAUUAUCACGAUAGAGGCCGAGAAGGGUUCGACGUUCUCAAAGGCGAGUUUCGCCUGCUCGUCGAAUCGCUCGGAUAUCAACAUAGACGAUCCCGACUUCUGGAAGAAGUGGGCGAAGAAAGCGGAGAUCGACACGACGGAGAAGAAGGAGGAGGACGAACUGGUGAUAUCCGAGCCGCGGCGAAGGACGCAAAUCAAGCGUUACGGCCACGACGAGUCGGUGGUCGACAUGUCCGAGCUGGACAGCUCGGACGAGAACAGCGACGACGACACGAGCAUCGGCCUCUCCGGCAGAAGUAAAAAGCGGCGCGACAAGUUCGGGAAGAAGAGCCGCAAGUUCUACGACGAGUACGUGCCUCGCGAGGGCGAGGUGGUGUACGGCAGCUGGGCGCGCAGCGAGUGCUUCAAGGUCGAGCGCGGCCUGCUGACCUUUGGCUGGGGUCGCUGGGAGGAGAUCCUGCAGCACAGCCAAUUCCGCCGGGGCUGGCGCGAGAUCGACGUGGAGGACUGCGCGCGCGUCAUUCUGCUCUACUGUCUGCGCUACUAUCGCGGCGACGAGAAGAUCCGCAGCUUCAUCUGGGACCUUAUCACGCCGGUGGAGAACGGCGAGAAGGUGAAGUGCGUGUCGGUGAACACCGGCAGCAGGAACAGUCGGCAGAAGAAGAAGGGUUCCCGCGUCCGAGAGGGCAGGGAGACCAGGGGAUCCGUCAUCAACGGCGGGCCCAGCGAUCCCAAUCAUUGGAGCAACGCGGAGAAGUUCGACGGGGACAUCUUCCUCGAGAGCAACUACCGGAAGCACCUCAGUCGACACGCCAACAAAGUAUUGUUGCGCGUGCGGAUGCUGUAUUACAUCAAACACGAGAUUAUCGGUGACCUGGUGCAGCACAUUUCCGAUGGCGUUCACGUGAGCGCGUUGCCGAUAGACCCUCCACAGUUGACGGAACGACCGGCGAAAUGGUGGGACACGACAGCAGACAAAUCCUUAAUAGUCGGCUGCUACAAACACGGCUAUGAGAAUUACGACCAGAUGAGGACUGAUCCCGCGCUUUCUUUCAUUACAAGCUGUCCUCCCCCUUUCCAGAACUCUCAGAACAAGAGUACCGCCGACAGCAGCAGCAGAGACGAUAAUAGUCUGGAGAACGACGUGGACGACAGCGAGUCACCCGGAAUGACAAAGGAUUCGAAGGACUCCGACAAAUUUAGGGAAACGCCGGCGGAUUCUCCCGCUAUCUCGAGCAAAGCGGAUACCCCGAUACCGGAAGCCGGCGGCAGUCACGACGGAAACGACGGUCUCCUCCAAGACGACGAGAAGACCUGGCCGUCCGUGGUGGAUCUUAACACGCGACUACGUCGCGUUAUAUCUUCUUAUCAGCGGACCGUCAAUAAGAAGGAAGACGUCAAGAUUAUCCCGAAAGUUGGCAAAAUGGGAAUGGACAGCGAGAGCGCCGGCCCUACCAUGAACCAUACUGGAAUGAUGCACGAGCUGCCCUUGAAUAUGCAAGGAUGGGAUUUGCAACAGUUGGCGAUGUACCUUUUGAAAAUGGAUAAAAGAGGAAAAAUGGAGGCGAUAGUAAAGGAACGAGAACGCACUCACAUCGAGGAACAAAAAGCCAAGUGGACUCGCCGCGAAGAGAGCGAAUUUCUGCGAGUGGUGUCUACGUACGGCGUUAAUUACGACAGAAAGAAAGCCCAGUACGAUUGGACUAAAUUCAAGAGUAUCGCCAGAUUCGACAAGAAAACAGACAACGAUCUUACAGACUAUUACAUGUCGUUCAGAGCAAUGUGCAAGAAGGUCUGCAACGCGAAACUGAACGAAGAAGAAGAUUUUACAGAUGUUCAGGUGGAUCAGUUGAGUCCAGCCAAAGCAAGACAGAUCCUCGAUCGCGUCGACCUCCUGAGCAAGAUUCGCGAGGAGAUUCUGUCGCAUCCGCACCUCGAGGAACGGUUGUCAUUGUGCCAGCCGUCAGGGGACACGCCGGAAUGGUGGCAGCCUGGGAAACACGACAAGGAAUUAUUACUCGGAGCGGCGAAACACGGUCUUGGACGUACCGAUAUCACUAUACUGAACGACCCGGACUUCUCGUUUCACAAGCUUCUCACGAGAGGGAUGUACGCGGGCACGCAAACCCCCAAAGCAAUGGACAAGACUGAGAAGGCGAUCAAGCUAGAGAGUAGAGAGGACAUCUUGAAGUUUGACAAGGACGAGAUCCUGGUGAAACUAGAGAAGGGCGAGGGAACUCUAAAGAUUGAAAAAGUUAUGGCGAAGAAGGACAAGGAUCCAAGUGUUGCCGAGAAGAAGCCCGAGAUCGCGGACCCGGAGAAGAGUCAGGUGGAGCUGACUAUUGUAAAAGCGGAGACCAAGUCCGAGGAGAAAGCAGUCGGUAGCUCGUUGAUGAUCACCACCGUCGCGAGACCGGACGUGGAGACUGUUACUAUUAAAAGCGAGGAGAAGAGCGAGCUGGAGAUAGAGCCGGUUAAAUGCGACAGCGGCAAAGCCAGUCAGACUGGCGGAGCCAAGCAGGCUGACGAGAAACCAGCGAAGGAAGCUGCUUCGGAGACGGCCGAGAGUCCAGCCGUGGUGGAAGUUGAGAAGGAAGUUGACAAGGUUCAAGAGAAAGAUGUUACGCCGGAAACCGAAUCCACGGAGAAACCGGACGAAUCGCCAGCACAAGAUGCCGAGAAGACGGAAACGGCUGAGAAAAGUGAGACCGACGCGAAAGAGAAGGAGACUGUCGACAAGAUGAGUGCGGAGAACGUCGAGUCCACUGUCGAGGAUGAUAGCAAGGUCAGUGCGAUGCCGGAUAACGCGCCGGCUAAAGACGAGACCGAGACGCAGGAAGCCAAGAGCUCCGACCUGGCCAAAGAGAAAGGAAAGAUUUCGCAGAUCGAGGAUAAGUGUAGCGUUCAGGCUGCGGAGUUGAAGGCGAUGUUUCCGGAUCUGGAGGUGAUACAACCCUUGUCGCGAUUAACGCAGAUCGAUACCUUCGUCCUGCGAGACAAACCGGCAGAUUAUAACAACGAGCCUACGGUGGUGCAGCUCUUGGGGCAUGGUUGUACCAGUACGUCGAUAAAGUGGCCGAAGGAACACGCAAUCGAGGCUCGUUUAAUGCACAUCGUCCACGCGAUAGAGCACAAAGAGUGGCCGGUAUCGGUGAACUUCAGCGCCGGCGAAGAGCUGGACAUCUCUCAAAACGACAAGGAGUGCUCGGAAGUGAUCACCAUCACCACGGACCACGGAGUGUCCAGGUCGUUGGUGAGCGGAAACAACAUGUCUGCUUCGAAGAAACGCAAGAGGCACAUCGCCAUCGACGUGGAGACCGAACGGGCCAAGCUUCACGCGCUUCUGAACAGCAGUCAUCUGAGCACCCCGUCGCCGGCGCCCCUCAGCAAACCGGUUGUCCUCACGAGUUCCAACUGGGAGCUCAACGACGAGUCUCAGUCCGAGGAGUCACGACGCUCCACCCCGGUUCAGCCGCCUCCCGCGCAUCAGCAAACGCGAGGGCAGAACAUACCCUUCGACCUGAAGUACACCGUCCCGGGGAAAACGACUGUCAUACCCGGGACGUCGAGCACGUUGACGCCCAUCGACCUAUCCGCUGGGUAUCCAAAAUCCAGCUCUGACAACAACAAAGACAUUAUGAACGAAGUGCAGGACUUUUCCAUGCCGAACAAGAAUAAGCAAGUCAGCAGCAACAAAGGGAAGCUGGACAGCAUGCUGGACAAGCUGAUGAAGAGGAAAUCUUGCCCGACAGAGGAGCCGAUAAUCGGGAAGGAGAAGAAACGCAGGAAACUCGAUGAGAUAGUAUUAGGCCUGAGCGCCGCGAAGGAGCAGCAGAGCAGUCAUUACCCGGAGCACAGCAAGAAGAACACGAUCACGCCUAACGUGACCGUGACCCCGACCUCGGCGCCGAUGGGGCUUCCGAAUCCCCAGACCCAGAAACCGUUCUCCAUCACCGUCACGUCGAUACCAUCUUCGCGUGCCUCGAGCUCCUCCGCGUCCGUUUUGCCGCCGCCGUCCUUGCACUCCCACAAGGACGCCUUCUCCGCCCUGUUGGUCCAAGCCGAUCAAAACCGCGAAUUGAAGAAGCAUCAGCAGCAGCAGCAUCAACAGCAGCAGCAGCAGCAGCAGCAACAACAACAGCAGCAGCAGCAGCAGCAACAGGCCUUUAACUCGGCGCAUCCGUCUUCGAGUAGCAGUCAUCGAAAGAGCUACGAGGCAAUGAUCGCGGACAUCAACAAGGUCGCGGAAUAUUCAUCCAAGGUCGGCUCCUACUCGCACGAGGCGAAGGUGAACAAGUGGCUGGCCGAGCAGAGCGCCAUCUCGGAACAAUGCGCGGAAUAUCUGAACGCACCUCGACGACGUAGACCCCGCGUUGAUCCGUCCUUGUUGGACUGGAAGAAACUCACCGGCGAGGAGAACGUCGCCGUCAUCAAUCGAAUAACCGGCAAGAAGGUAACUGGAAGUAAAGCGCCUCAGCUGAAGCGACUGGGCCAGUGGCUCCUGGAGAACCCGAUGUUCGACGUAGAUCCAAAGUGGGCGGAGCUCGUGAAGGAACGCGGCAAUCUGCCGCACGACUUGCAAAAGAGACUGCCGGGCAGCGAACGCGGCGGCGUGAACAAGGGCAAGAGCCCGGGCAGGCCUCCGAUGAUGCCCAGCCCUACGAGCCAGCAGUCCGCGAAUUCCGCCAACUUAGUGGCCACAUCGAUGGCGUCGGGUCUCAACUUCCCCCUGGGCAAUCUCAACAAUUCUCUACUCUCGGGUCUGUCCCUCGGCAACUUCGACCCGAAGAACAAUCCGCUCCUGAUGCCGUUCGGCGGUCUGACGAAUCUGGGCGCGCUCAGCGGCCUCGGCAACCUCGGCAACCUGGGCAGCAUGGGCCUAACAAAUUCGCUGUUCGCCAACCUGGCCGGACUGAGUCUGCCGUCGUUGGCCGGGAUGGAGGCGGCCUUGAACGCUCAGGUGGCGACCAGCAGCGCGUCCGUGGUGGACGCCGUGAACAAUCCCGUGGUGAGUUCAGCCACGAGCGGCAGCAAGAGCGGCGGAGGCUCUUCAUCCGGAUUGAGCGGAAGUGGCGGAGGUGGCGGCGGCGGUGGCAGCAAGUCGCGCAGCAGCAAACUCGAUCAACCGACGACGACCAAGUCAUCGUCGGCUGCCGGUGGUCCGUCGUCCUUGUCCGCGGCUUCCUCGGCGACGAGCCUCCCGACACCCUCGUUCCCGUUCUUCCUGUCAAAUCCCAGCCUCCUUUACACGCCGCUAGGUCUGGGUGGCCUGAACCCGUUCUCCAUGCAACCCGGCGGCGUGUCCUCGGCCUACGAGAGUCUCGCCCAGUGCGGGCUGCUGAAUCCACCGACGUCCAGCGCCUCCUCGGUGCGGAAGCCCGCGUCUUCGGGUGGCAGCUCCUCGAGGAACCAGCGCGACGCUGUCCCGGAAUCCUCGUCGUCGUCAUCGUCCUCGACGACGAAGCGGAAGGAGGCCGAGAAGAAGGCGUCCUCCAGGUAUCCUCCGGUGGAUCCGGCCGUGGCUCUUCAACAGUACACCGAUCUGGCGGCGUUGCACGGCGGCGAGGACAGACGCAGCCGCGGCGUCGAGCAGCAGCAGCACGAUAAGAGGGAGACCUCGACGGCGGAACAAGUCGACGUGAUCCCCGCGGAUUUAUCCUCCGAGAAGAAGACGAGCGAGCGGAAGAGUAAGGAACAGGAGAUGAAGGAGGCUCUGGAGCACCUGAGCAGGACCAGCGCCGAAUUUGUCACUUACACGGUGGACUCGGACGCGUUGAAGCCCGAGAAGCCAAGGAACCGCAGCAGCAAUAAUAGCAAUACUGACGGCAGCAAUCAAAAUUCCGACCAGCAACAACGAUCGACGCCUUCGGCGCCGCUAGAGGUCACCCUGGAGCCGGUCGCCAAGAAGAUGCGUCUCGAGGUAGACACCACUUCCAGCACUACCGGCACCUCGAAGUCGUCCUCGAACAACGAGGUGGCGACGAUCGAGAUUGAACCCGUGACGAGGCAGCAAGCAGCAACGCUGCCGACCACCCCGACGAAGGCGGCCCCGCAGCCGGCUUCUCAGGACGAGGGCGACGCUUCGUCUUCCGCGGAGACGAGCACCGCGGCGAAGAAGGAGACGAGCGAGACAGCGGCAGCGACGACGGCGACGGGGGAGACGACGAUGACGACGACGACGACAACAGCGACAGCAGCAGCAUCAAUGACGACGACGACGACGACGACGACGGCAACAACACCGACGACGACGACGACGCCGUCGUCAGCAACAUCGACCUCGACGUCGACGUCGCCGACGUCGACGACGACGACGACGACGCCGCAGAAGAGCGAUACCAGUAGCAACAAGCCUGCGGCCUCGGAGGUGGAGGAGGACGCAAAGGGCAACCCUAAGACGAAGAAGGCUCGCAGCGGAAAACGACUGAGCGUGGAACCGCCGCCUGAGCGGAAGAACCUAAGGUCGAGCGCAGGUAGACAGGCGCGAGCGGCCGCGGAACGGCAGGCGCGGAUGGAAGGCGAGAUGCAGCAGCACUCGGAGCAGCAACAACAGGACAGCAGUCACGUGGCUGGUGAAUGAGUCAAGAGGGAUCGUCGCGCGUUGCCGAAGCAACGGGCGACCACUUAGAGAAGCUUCAGGUAGCCUGACGAAGAGGCAGGAAAGAAUGGAAGAGACGCAACAGCAAGAUAAUAGUCACGUGACUGGUGAAUGAGUCAAGAGGAAUCGUCCUGAGUUGCCGAAGCAAUGAAGGAUCACUUGCAGAAGCUUCAGGUAGCCUGACGAGGAGAUGGCAAAUGGAAAAAAUGGAAGAGGAGAUGCAACAGCGAGAUAGUAGUCACGUGACUGGCGAAGAAGUCAAGGAGGAUCGUCCUGCGUUGCUGAAAUCACUUGGAGAAGCUUCAGGUAGUCUAUCGAGGAGGCAGAAAAUAGGAAAAAAUGGAAGAGGAGAUGCAACAGCGAGAUAGUAGUCACGUGACUGGCGAAGAAGUCAAGAAGGAUCGUUCUGCGUUGCUGAAAUCACUUGGAGAAGCUUCAGGUAGCCUAUCGAGGAGGCAGAAAAUAGGAAAAAAUGGAAGAGGAGAUGCAACAGCAAGAAUAGUCAAAGAGGAUCGUUCUGCGUUGCUGAAAUCACUUGGAGAAGCUUCAGGUAGCCUGAAGAGGAGAAGGAAAAUAGAAAAAAAAAUGGAAGAGGAGAUGCACCAGCAAGAUAAUAGUCAUGUGACUGGUGAAUAAUCGUCCUGCGUUGCUGAAAUCACUUGGAGAAG